GACGUCUUGGUGCCCCACCCGCUCUGCUGCUAAGAUGUAUUUAGGGGAAGUGGACGACGGUGGUUUCCUUGCUGAGCCACAGGCCUUUCAUCCAGUCCUCUCGAAAUGCUGCCUGGAGUUCCAUUUGCAGGAGAUGAGACAAGCUCAGGGCACCUGUGCUCAGCUCCAUCCCCCGCCUCAAGGCACCUUGCAAGUCGUCCGUGGAGAUGGCACAUCUCUGGGGACUGUGCUCAUAUUCCACUGCCCCUCUGGCCACCAGAUGGUGGGGUCUGGCCUCCUCACUUGUGCCUGGAAUGGGAGCACCGUUGACUGGUCUUCAGGAAGCCCUGUGUGCAAAGCUGUGCCACCGCAUGAGACCUUCGGCUUUAAGGUGGCAGUGAUCGCCUCCAUUGUGAGCUGUGCCAUCAUCCUGCUCAUGUCCAUGGCCUUCCUCACCUGCUGCCUCCUCAAGUGUGUGCAGAAAAAUGAGCGGCGGCGUGCUGACAGGACGGCACAACUCUGGUACCAGCUGAGAGGCGAGGACCUGGAGACGGUACAAGCUGCCUACUUGGGCCUCAAGGGACACAACCACAAUAACAGCAGCAGCGUCGGUGGUGGCAAUGGUGGCCCCAGUGGUGGUGGCGGCAAGCCAGGAAUUCAGCACAGCCAGGCCCAUGACAACCACAGCUUCACCACGUCUGUGUUUGCUGCUGGCAGUCAGUGGAGACCUUCUGAAGCCUUAGUGGGAAUAGUCUGCCUUCCACAGCCCCCCACCCCACCCCAGUAUCUGCAUAGCCUGGAGGCUGAUUUCCAAGAGAAUUGACAAACCAGGACAGAGCUCUGUAAGCCCACCCUAACCCCAAGACACCAUCCCUCAAACUUCGAGUUCACAACUGCGCGGCCUGCACAUCCUUACGUGAUCUUUGAGUGGCUUCCUGAUAUGACUCCUAUUGCUGGACCCCUUGCUUCAACUCCAGCUACACUGGACACCUCACAGAUGCAGAGGCCACUCUUGGAUCCAGCAUGUACUGUAGAACACUUCCCCAGUUAUCCCAUAGCACCUCGCUUCAGCCAGCUCAGUGCUCUGACACAGCCCAGUGGGGGAGCACUUGUGAGUCUGCACAAGGCCCUGUGUUGUAAACUCAGUACUGUGUAUGCAUGCACGGACAAGAAUCACUUAUCUCUGUUGUUUUGUAGGUGUAUAAACUGAGGAUAGGACCACUCUGUGGUACAGUUAAAGGGAAGAAGGAUGCUAUUGUAGAUUUGCGAGAGAGCAGCCAGAGGCAUCUGGAAGAGUCCAGAGCAGAAGAGAAAUAAGUAGACUGAAUGUGGCCAGCAGACUGGACCUGGCCAAGGCUAUCUGGGAGAGAGGGGAGAAUACCAGGGAGAGAGGGUGGGGAGAGAGAAGCCUGUGAGCUGAAAGGAGUUGAGUAGGGUAGGUCAUGGGAAGGAUGCUCACUAGGAUGCUAGCCUGGACUUUGAAAUGUGUAAAAAGUAGGUGCGGUACUCUGCCUGGCGGCCAGCAGGAGUGUUGAUAUGCUAAUAGGCACCACAGACAGCCCUCUGUUCCUUCUGCCCGGGGUAAGGGAAGUGGCUCCUUCUGGUAGAUGGGAACCAGCUUCAAGUUCCUCCAUCAGAAAUCUUCCCAGAGUCCAGGGGGAGCCCGCUGGACUGCCUUUUGGAGUUUCUAUAUAUGAUAUAUAGAUCUAUAGGUAUAUGACAGAUGUUUUCAGCACCAUGAGAGGUACUGAGCCUGUGAUUAUGAUAAUGGUAGCCAGAGUUUUAUUAAGGCUAGAUUAAUAGCUUAGCAGAGCUACAUUAAUACAUUAAACUCUGAACUUUUGAUGUCUUA